GUCAGAGCAAGCAAAACAGAAGAACUCGGGUUCUUUCCUUACACAACAAUUGCAAGCCAUGCCGCUCUCCAAGUUCGAUGGCCUGGAGCUACCCGCUUCAGCGGACUUUCAUGUCCACCUGAGGGAUGGGCCUCUCAUGAAAGCAGUCGUUCCUACGGUUAGACGGGGAGGCGUCAAUACUGUUUAUGCCAUGCCGAACUUGGUCCCACCUCUCACUUCGGCCUCUGAUGCUAUGGCGUAUAAGCAACGCCUGCAACAAGAGGAUCCAAGUAUCAACUAUCUGAUGACGUUGUAUCUUCAUGAGAAGAUUACUCCAGCAGUCGUCAAGGGAGCGAAGGCUCAAGGAAUCGUGGGAAUCAAGUCGUAUCCUGCUGGUGUCACGACCAACUCGAGUUCUGGGGUUCUUGACUAUGAAGUUUUUUAUCCUGUGUUUCGGGCGAUGGAACAAUGUGGCAUGGUUCUGAAUUUGCAUGGAGAGUGUCCUAGUGACCAUGGAAAGAACAUUACGAUUCUCAAUGCGGAGUCAUCCUUUCUCCCGACGCUCAAGAGCCUGCAUGCCCAAUUUCCCAAGCUCAAAAUUGUCUUGGAACAUUGCACGACCCGUGAAGCUGUAGAAGCAGUCAAUGAAUGCGGCCCUAACGUUGUUGGAACUAUCACAGCACACCAUCUAUACCUCGUAGUCGAUGAUUGGGCAGAUGAUCCAUUCUGCUACUGCAAACCAGUGGCCAAGUGGCCAAGUGACAGAGAAGCGCUCAUCCUAGCUGCAGUCAGUGGCACCGGCAAAUUCUUCUUCGGCAGCGACAGUGCACCACACGAUAUGACAGCAAAGAAAGGUGGACGAGGAAAGACAGCAGCAGGGGUCUUUACGCAGCCAUACACCACGCAGCUUGUGCUUGGAGCUCUGGAGCAAGCUAUUGAGCGGAAGGUCAUCACGGAAGAAGAGGUGACGGAGGAGAUUCUGACGGGCUUUCUGGGCGGCUAUGGGAGGAACUUCUAUGGGAUUAGUGAUAGCAGUAAUGAGAAGAUUGUGUUGAGGAAGGGAGGUGAGGUUAUUCAAGAAUCGGUUACUGGGGUGGGAGUUGAGGUUGUUCCUUUUCGGAGAGGGCAGAGCACUUGGAGCAUUGAAUGGAAGUAGCACAUCACAGCAAUGCACAAAUGCUAGGAAACUUCACUCUUUU